CAAGAGAACAUUCAUGGUAGUUAUCUGUACAAUAAUGUUGUAUACUGCAUACAGAACUACACAUUUUCAGCAUUCGAGUAUAAAGGUAUAUCCAUUAUCUUACAAAGGGUUGAAGGGUUUGCCUCAUGGUAUAGUGGAAGCUAACUCUGACUUGGAAUUGAAAUCCUUAUGGUCAAAUGAUUCAAAAUUAAAGGCUUAUGUUUCCAGUCCUCGAAACUUGCUGGCGAUGCCGGUUGGUUUGAAACAGAAGCAAAAUGUUAAUACCAUUGUUCAAAAGUUUCUUCAAGAAAAUUUUACAAUUAUUUUAUUCCAUUACGAUGGGAAUAUGGAUGGAUGGUGGGAUCUCAAGUGGAGUAAAAAGGCUGUACAUAUCAUAGCUGAUAACCAAACAAAGUGGUGGUUUGCAAAAAGGUUUCUACAUCCAGCUGCCGUUUCACUUUACGAUUAUGUAUUUCUUUGGGAUGAAGAUCUAGGUGUGCAGCAUUUUAACCCCAGAAGAUACUUGGAUCUUGUUAAACAAGAAGGGCUGGAGAUAUCUCAACCAGCUUUAGAUCCAAAAUCAACAGAUAUACAUCAUAGAAUCACAGUACGAAGAAAGAAACUUAAGUUCCACAGAAGGGUUUAUGACCCAAAAGGUAGUGUAAAAUGUACAAGAACUAGCAAGGGGCCACCAUGUACAGGUUUUGUAGAAGGAAUGGCUCCAGUGUUCUCAAGAGCUGCAUGGCAUUGUGCGUGGCAUCUUAUACAGAAUGACCUAGUUCACGGAUGGGGAAUGGAUAUGAAACUUGGCUAUUGCGCGCAAGGGUCGAGAAAUGUGGGAAUUGUGGAUACUGAAUAUGUUGUACAUCAGGGAAUACAAACAUUAGGGGGGCCUGCAAAAAAGGCUUCAAAUGAUGCCAAUUUGGCUAAGGGACAUCAUCGUGCUUUUGAUAUGCGAACAGAGAUAAGAAGGCAGUCAACAUCAGAGCUCGAGACAUUUAAACAACGAUGGCAAAAGGCUAUCCAGGAAGACUCAGAUUGGGAUGAUCCAUUUUCCAGAACCCAUUUAUACAAACAACCAACACCUACUCUUGAGUCCUGAAAUUCACUCAUCAGUUUUGUUUUAGGUGUCAAGAUAUAUUAGUUAAAUUUGUGUGUAGUGUAUGUUCUACAAACCCAUUUGAAAUCUCUUCGAGGUUCACGUAGAUUCAACAAUCAUGAGCCACUAUGUUAGUUCCAAAAAAUGAACAAAAUUAAAGAGUAAGAAAUAUGUACAAGUUUUAGCAAUU